AUGGGAGCAUAUCUCUCGGAACCGAUUACGAAGAAGGAGUCGAGCGACGAAGUGGGAAAGAAUGUCGCGUACGGCGCGAGUUCGAUGCAGGGCUGGCGGAUCAGUCAGGAGGAUGCUCACAAUUGUUGCAUAGAUUUUGAUGAGAAUGUCUCAUUGUUUGCUGUAUACGACGGUCAUGGGGGACACGAGGUUGCGAUGUAUUGUGCACGUAACCUCCCUGAUUUUAUAAAACAGACAGAAGCUUACAAAAAAGGCGACAUUAGGCAAGCUUUAAUAGAUGCUUUCCUUGGUUUUGAUGACACUUUGACGAAACCAGAGGUAGUCAGUGUUCUCAAAGAGCUCGCAGGAGCAUCCACAUCAGAGAAGAAGGAGGGCGACCUGAACACCGAAUCUGAUGAAGAGGAGAAUGUUAGUAAUCUAUGUAUGGAGGCGACAAUGCCAUUGGAGCAGGUGAUGGCAAAAUACCAGUCAGAGGUCACGAAUCCUCAUCUAAAGAACUUGAAGGAAAAUUGUGGUAAACGCGCAUUUGCGAGUCCUUACUUACGUGGUCGAAGAGGACGGGAGAAAACGGGUGAUUCGUCCUCUGGUGCGGGAUGUUCGUCAUCGCCCUCUCCGCCACCAACGUCAUCCUCGUCGUCUUCGUCCGAGUGGAAUACGAACGAGACGGACGUGAGUAGUUCGAGUCAACCGUGCGGAUCGGCACUGUCUAGCACAGUGGAGCGAAAAGAUUCCGAAUGUCCGGGUAGCAAUGAAGCUGAGCAAGUGUUGGAUUCGACGACGAGCAAUGGAAGCACUCAUGCGUCAUCGCCAGUAGUAUCCACUGCGGAUGUAGAACCUGUCAAGUCUAUGGAUAUGCCCGACAGCUCUGAAGAUGUAAAAGAAAAAGUCUCGAGUCCCUGCAAGACACCGUGUGUGGAAUCUAAUGCAAACGAGGUGGAAGUUAAUGGUGCGGAGUCGAAGAGAAUCGGAGAUGCGGACAGCAGUAAAGGCGGAGGAGAUAAUGUGUCGAGCAGUUCUUGUACCCCUGUGGAGAAUGGAGACGCAGGUCAACAAGAACGAAUAACUAGUAGCGGUCGAAGAAGAACUCAGCCUGUGGAUCUUUACCAAAGUUUAUUGAAAAAAGACAGUGACGAUUCUGAGGAAGACGACGACGAUGAUGAGAAUGAUGAAACCUUUGAUGGUGUCCCUGAAAGUGAUGAAGAUGAUACAGAAGAUAUCGAUGAGGAUGAAAGUGACGAAGAUGAUGACGAUGAAGUCGAAGAAGAAGAGGAUAUUGAUGAUUCUGAUGAUGAUGCUCUUAUGGUAAACACUGAAAAGCCUGGUUCAGACAGUGGAUGCACAGCAGUCGUAGCGAUACUCAAGGACAAUGAAUUGUAUGUGGCCAAUGCUGGAGACUCUCGGUGUGUCCUAUGUAGGGACGGCCAGGCGAUCGAGCUUAGUCUGGACCAUAAACCUGAGGAUGCACCAGAAAUGGAACGUAUAGUAAAAGCAGGCGGAGAGGUGACAAGUGACGGCAGAGUGAACGGCGGCCUCAAUCUUUCCAGAGCACUAGGCGAUCAUGCGUAUAAACAAAACAUAGUAUUACCACCUCAAGAACAAAUGAUCUCCGCUCUGCCCGACGUAAGGCAUAUUACAAUUGAUCCGGAGAGAGACGAAUUUAUGAUACUCGCUUGCGACGGCAUAUGGAACUUCAUGACCAGUCAAAAUGUCGUUCAGUUCGUGCGCACCCGUUUGUCACAAAAUUACGAAAACAUUUCGAAAAUUUGCGAAGAGCUUUUUGAUCAUUGCCUCGCACCGGAUACUCUUGGCGACGGAACAGGCUGCGACAACAUGACUGCUGUAAUAGUUAAGUUUAAAUCUCCAGCAACCGCAACUGUUAAAAAUAAAACUGUUGCUGAGGAAUGCGUUACGAAGAAACGAUCGGUUUCGCCAAGUGAGGGAAAUAAUGACUGUGUCCCAGGAGAAAACACAGUAAAUACUUGCAAGCGCGUCAAGACCGAGGCAGCUAUAUGAAUUUGGAGUCACUGCGCGUCAUGAACUGAUCUCCGGGAGCGGACGAAUGAAUAUAUCUACUCGUGCCUAUGUGUACAUCAAGCUCCUCCAUCUGAUAUCUACUCAACAUGAACACGAGUGAAUUAAGAGAGCGUAUUAAGCACACGGGGAAUGUAUCUUUGUAAAAUUUUGGUCUAAGAAAAUAACGCGAUUGAAUUUAUAAAUUAUUAUCCGAUGUGGCGCUAAUCGCCAAGAUUCGUCGUAUGCUUCGAGAACUUUAGUUCACGUUACGAUUAACGUACAUAAAUCGUAAAUAGGCAAUAUUUGAACAAAUAAAGACCUACUCUCAUAUUUUUUACAGCUAAGACUUUCACGUUGCAUAAAGAUUCCUGUUUCGAACAUAGUGCAAACUGUACUAGAAUCUUUGUGUUUCUAUAUGUGUCUUGUAGAGAUCCAUAUGAAACAUAAAAAAUUCUCUACGAGUCAAACAUUGUAGAAGAUAGAAAUGUGAAUUGACCCAGUGACAUCUUCGUGACAGUUGUGACCAUUUUCCACCAAUAUAUAUUCUGUCGACACUCAUGUGUAAUCACAGUCGUUAAUAGACAGUAAUUUCAUCGAAGAAAUUAUUUAUAAUUAAAUGCAAAAGCAAUCACGAUACUCUUAUGUAAACACCGUUUGCAAGAUGAUCAGUAGCGUAUAGGUACUAGAUAUACAGUAUCUAGUAUCAUUCAGAAAGAACUGACGUGCCUUUCCAAUUCAGGGGUUGACAACCUCCGCAACAUGUAUGUGUGUAUGUACAUUUGAUUCCGUCUCAAGACAAAAAGAUUUGCGCCCCAUGUACUGUCUUUAGCUGCAAACUUCGUCACUUAUGUAUAAUAAUAUCUUGUUUCAUAAUACAUGUCGCUCGAAUCAAUCUUAAUGUUUGUUUUUCUCUACUAUCUUGCCAAUUUUUAUUUUAUUUUUUUCUGUAAUUUUUCUUCUUGUGGUGAGGAAAAAUAAAUCUGUAGUUUGAAA